CAAUUUUUGGACAUGGAUUUUGCAAAUCAGCUCAACAAGCAUUUUCAAUUUUAACUCGUAAUGCAUUAAGAGUAGCUGCGAUCAACUCUAUUGGAAAUUUUGUCCUUUUCAUUUCCAAAUGUGCUGUGAUGAUAGUUGUUUGUAUUAUCGGAUUAGAACUCCUUAAAAAUAAAGAUGAUCUGAAUAAUGCAUUAAUACCUUUAUUCACUGCUUGUGUUUUAGUGUAUAUAAUAUCAACAUGCUUCAUGUCUCUCUAUGAAAUGGUCAUCGACACUUUGUUUAUUUGUUUCUGUGAAGACUGUGAAAGAAACGAUGGAAUCAACCGUCCAUACUUCAUGAGUAAAAGUUUAAUGGUAUUUGUGGAAAAAAGUAGAGUUGCUAUUCCUGAAUUUUAUCAAAAAGAAUUAGGAACAUGACUUCAACUACAUAAAAAGUAAAAGCAUCUAUACAGAAUAUUUUCUAAAACUUUUUAAUAUUGUAAAAUAAAUAUUUUUUUAUAAAUCUAAGACAAUUUAACUAGUUUUUAUAUAUAAUAAAUAUCAGAAAACUUGAAUUUAUUUAAU